AUGGAAGAGAGUAGUAAUCGACAACUGGCCAGGAGGACGCCCAAUCAUGGCAGGAAGAGAGGCACGGCGUGUGAGCGUUGCAAUCGGCGAAGAACAAAGUGCGAUGGAUCUGUCACUGGGGUACCAUGCUCUGCUUGCAGGAAGAGUGGCCAUCAUGAGCAGUGUGCAUUGAUCCAGUCCAAACGCCGAAGAGGUCCCGACGGACGAUACACGUUGUUGCCUGACAUCGAGUCGUGUAGCAGUUCAGGCAGUCCCAGCGUCCCCCCGAACAAUGAGGAUGAAUCCAUGAGGAUGGCCACUGAAGACCCUCCGACAGAAAGAGAACAGAACAGCAGACCGGUGCAACAAUUGAGCGAUUCUACUAUCGCAAGGCCAUCUUCUGACCAGCAUGCGAGUCCUAAUGCUCAACCAAGCGUUGUUGGUGAAAGCUGGUAUGCAUCAUAUGUCAUGAGAGGUUACACGCCUGGUCACAAUAGUGUUCACCGCCCAAUCGGCGAGUGUAACGAAACGGUUCAGAGUGUAACCCGCGACACGAGAAGAGAGAGCGUCUGCAGUCGGCCAUCCUUGCCUCUCGAAAAGACGGGCCUCGCAGACCUUCCAUCACCGGACUUAGUAGACCGUCUCAUCAAGAUCUACUUCGACAGAUUUCACGCUUUUUGCCCGAUACUUGGGAAGAAGUACUUCCUUUCAUCUUUUGAUGACGGAGCCAUGUCUGGUACCCUACUCCGAAGUGUCCUUUUCGUUGCAUCGUUGCACUGUAAUCCAGGGGUAUUACAUCUCAUGGGGUACAGCACUCGAUGGGAUGCCAACAAUGCUCUGUACAACAAAGCGAGCGCAGCCUUCGACGCAGAUCGGGAAUCGAGUCGAACACAUAUGAUACUGUCGUCGUACCUGCUUCACUACUGGUUUGGAAGUCCAACGGCUUAUCGCGAUUGCCACUGGUGGCUUGCAGCUGCGAUACGAUCCGCGCAGUGUACAGGCUACCACAGGAGUACAAAAAACAGCAAGAUGUCGCCUGAGGAAAGAUCACGGUGGAAGCGUAUCUGGUGGUGCCUUUAUGUUCGGGAUCGUCAAAUCGCUAUCUCUACUGGCACGCCUAUGGUGAUCAACGACGAAGAUCAUGAUGUCGAAGAACUUCUUGAGGAAGACUUUCCGGAAGAAGCUCCAGAGACUGUGCAGUACAUCAUAUCGCAGAUUAAGUUGAGUAAAGCUAUGCGUAUCAAGCUCCUAUUCGCCAAACAUGAAGCUGAUUUCAUUAGUUACUAUUUGAUCAACCUCAGCCAGAGGCUGCAAAGACAGUGCAACGCAUCCAAGGAGGUAAAGCCCGUGCUUGACGCGGCAGCACAAAUCUUCAGCCUCGUGGAGAACUCGUUACUCUUUUGGACACCGGAGCACUUUCCCAUGAUAUAUGUCUCUGCUCUCUUCUCUGCGAUGAUGGCUCUUGCAGUUGACGUCAAAACCUCAGCGCCCAAAAGUGAUCAGAUCUUUGUCAAGAUCCGGCCUGGAUUACUGGCUCUCAAACAGUUUGAGUCAGUCUAUAUCCUGGCGCGAUGGAUCAAGAACUUCUUCAUGGAUAUACUGAACCGUCCACCUCCUAUAGACACGGAAGAAGCGCAGAGGCCGCCUACGAACUCAAAUGGCGACGACGUAGAUGGCGGGGGAACAGGCACAGAGAUGAGGAAUAGCAGCACGGAUCAAGCCUACGACAUCCAGAGAAACACUGCAUCAGCUGGCCAAGCCACACAUGAUGCGACAGAUUUUGAAGACUCCAAUUUUGCAUUUGACCAGAGUUCAGGAUUUGAGGGAGGCGGGUUUUGGCCGACAUACUUGGCAAACGGUGUCUUCUCGGGUGUGCAGUCAAGUGAUGACAUGGAGUUUCCGCACCCAGACUCAUUCCAGUAUCAAGCGAUCUGUCAUGUGGGCUCUGGGCAGAUCGUUACGCCGGGUAGUACAUGUUGGGCGACGUCCAACGUCUUCCCGGACUCGAUUACCAGCUCGGUACCUUCGACAAGUAGCAGAGGGCUAUACGUACUGGGGUUGGCGGCAUUAACCGUCGGCAUGGCUGGAGCACUGAGUGUCAACAGCCUCCCAACAAAGAGGCAGCUAUCAUCAACACAGUCACUGUUUGACACCCCCGAGAUUCAACAUGACUUGUCGGCAUCGAAUAUUGAAGGUGCUUGUAAAGAAUUCGCCGCUAUCUUGGGUCCUGAGAACGUCUCAACAGAACGUACAGACCUCGUUACCCAUUCCGGCUCAGACUAUCAGUCGUAUGCCUGGACUGAAGAGUCUGCCAUCCUUUCACAAGUCAUCCUCUACCCUGAGACUACAGAACAGGUUUCAGAGCUUAUGAAAGGUAUAUGUAUCGAUUUUGGUCGAAUGAACAACAUUGUAGAGCUGAACAAGUAUGACCUCGACUGCGUUGUGCAACCCGGUAUUGGUUGGAUGGACCUAAAUGAGGAGUUAGCGGCCCAUGGUCUGUUCUUCCCCCCAGAUCCUGGUCCCGGCGCCAUGAUUGGAGGAAUGGUCGGCACAGGAUGCUCAGGAACAAACGCUGCGGCUUAUGGGACUAUGAAAGAUUGGGUCCUAUCACUCACGGUGGUUCUCGCCGAUGGCACGAUUAUCAAGACCAGGCAGAGGGCGAGAAAGUCAAGCGCAGGCUAUGACCUGACGAGGACCUUUAUCGGCAGCGAGGGAACCCUUGGCCUCGUCACGGAAGCUACACUCAAACUGGCAGUCAAGCCACCCUGUGAGGCCGUGGCCGUGUGCACAUUCCAAACGCUACGAGACGCGGCCUCGGCAGUUCGAGAGGUGCUAUCCAAUGGCAUCCAGGUUGCAGCUGUUGAGAUCCUUGAUGAAGUACAGAUGAAGAGCAUCAAUGAUUCUGCUUUAACGAGAUUGAAGUGGAAAGAAGAACCAACCCUGUUCUUCAAGUUCACCGGGAGCGAUGAGUUCAUCGUGGAUCAUCUUGCCAAACAAGUUGGAAGUAUCACGAAGCAAAACCGCAGCACGGCAUAUAAAUUCGCCUCCGAUGAGACGGAACGAAACGAAUUAUGGUCCGCAAGGAAGAAUGCCCUCUGGAGCAUGCUUGCCAUGAGAAAGUCACCAACUGACAAAGUCUGGACUACUGAUGUAGCUGUACCUUUAAGCAGGCUUCCUGACAUCAUAGAGUUCGCUAAGGCCGAUAUCGAGAAGUCGGGCUUGCUCGGCUCAAUCGUUGGGCACGUUGGUGACGGGAACUUCCAUACACUACUAUUAUUUCCCGAGGACAAGCGUUAUAUCGCCGAAGAGGUCGUCCACCGAAUGGUUGAUAAAGCCAUCGAGAUGAAAGGUACAGCGACGGGCGAGCAUGGCGUCGGACUUGUGAAGAGGGACUACUUGGAGAAGGAACUCGGUAAAGAAGCUGUAGAUACGAUGCGAUCGGUAAGCCUUCUUGGACCGUCGAGGGUGAUAUGA